UCAGUUGCGUGUUUACUGUCACUAUCUAGUAUGAUCCACUCAUUGUUUACUCAAACUUGUUAUAUAAAUGAGUGCGGCAAGAUUACAUUCGAAGUAAAUGUAUAGAAACGAAGCGUACGCGAAUUUAACUUACAAUACGAGUGCUAACUACAUGUAGCUAGUUCGUCUGUGGCAGUGCGGAAGAAGGUGUGCGACAGUAUACGGAAUGGACCCCAAGGCUAAUAAACAGUAUGAGUAUGAAGAUGAAUCCAAGGAAACAAGCAAUAUUAUGGAUCUCUUGGGAUAUGGGCCCCUUAUUAGAAAGACAAGAAGAGAAGCUUACACGGAGCUUGACAGGUUUAGGGUGAAAUAUGUCGACCGUUGGUUGUUCUCCAUCACAACAGGGAGCAAGGCGGAGGGACUAACAUGUGUAUUUAAAAACGAUAUAGAUCAGAUAUUCGUAGCACGAAAUGCUAUGUGCCUGGAAGAAGGCAUUGACCAAAGCACAAUUUCUGGUGACAUCGAUCUCUUCAAUAUGAAUUUUCAAACAACCAGUGCGGGAUAUUGUAGACUACUACAAGGCAGACAUGGUCCGAUUGGCCCGAUUCACAUUAUCAAUGCUCUAUGUGAGGAUGGAUGUGGUAACUUUGUAUUAAGCAGUACACUGUAUUUAGAGCAAUAUACAAGAGUUCGUUUGCCAGGGAUUCUCUACCAUGCAAGUGUUGGUCCAUCGUUGCCAUGCUCUACUGGUCAAUUUAGACUUGAUAAGGUACACGCAAUUCGCUGUCACUGUCCAAGCAUAUUGCAGACAUGGGCAAAUCGACUUCGUAAUUGGCCACCACAGAAAGUGAUUGCAAUGGGAGCAUUUGUUGCUCCUAUUGGUUUUAAAGGCAGCGCAUUCAACCAUUUAGAGUGGCGGAUAUGCGUUAAUACUGCUGAGACGGAGCUUGUGAAUAAUCUAAACGACACGCAGGUCAAAAUAUAUGUAAUACUGAAGAUGGUAGUUCAUGAUGUAUUGUCGCCUAAUACAAAAGAGAUAACAUCAUAUAUAUUGAAGAACAUCGUAUUAUGGCUAGCAGAAAACAACCCACAAGAAGUGUUCCAUUCAGGAAGUUUGUUUCAUUGGCUUCACGGGGGAUUUGAUAUAUUACAAAAGUCUAUAUCAACGAGACAUCUAUCUUACUAUAUGAUACCUGAGAGAACUUUUAUGGCAGAAAGGGACCUACAUGAUAAUCAACAGCGUGAGUUUGCAACAUCGAUCAAUUGUAUUAUGAACGAAGGUCCAAGGCUACUACUAAGAUUGAAGAAAAUACGCCGAGCCAUUGUGUCCCAUCCUGAACCUCUCCUGUGGUACAGCAGGAUGAGGACUAAGCUGGAGAUUUUAUACUUGAUGAUGUUGAACAGAUUUCAAUGCACAGACUUUAACGGAAUAUGUGACGAGUCUGAUUCGAUGAUCCAUAGCUUAAGUAAACGUGCGGUUGAGAUCGCAGUAGAGGUCGUAUGGCAUAUGCAUCAGGAAGGCAGUUAAUUAAAUGAUUCGAUGUAUCAAUUAUAUGAGAGGAUGCUCAGCUAAGUAAGAACAUGUUCACAACAACCAAACACUGCAAACAUUAACAUAACAUUCCUUGUAUCAAAUUUGGGGAAUAGUUAAUUAUUAAAGUAAACUAAACAAAGAACUAAAACUGCUAAAUGAACAUCACAAAUAAUGACGACAAUGAAGCUCUACUUUACUUAUGUAUUAUCAAUUAUCCAUACCCUCAAUAUAUCAUAAUGAUAAUACCGAUGUCAUUUUAAUAAACGAAUGAAUGACAAUUGGACCAUCGACAUGCGACAUUGCAAAAUAGAGGAAAGUAAUAAUGUUAUAUUUUAUUUUGUAUAUUUGUCAAUUCGAAAUCAUAUUGGUUGUUACUUUACAGCGCGAUGAGCUUUCAUAUUGCAUUAUAAAUCAUGACACAUCUAAAGUAUAUUGACACAUGUGUUGUUGAAAGAACGAACUUAUAUAGGCAUGAUUGUAAAGUUGGUUAUUUUGUGGUUUGUAAGUAUUCAAUCAGCAUCUGCACAAAUUUACAAUGUCGCUGAUUUUGCUGUCUACCUCCGUAACAAGUAUUAUACGUCGAUAUAUGAAUGUAUAGUAGCGUGCGAUGUAUAUCAAUUUUGAGGUAUACGAUAUGUGAAUCAAACGGAAAUAUUACCAUUUUAUACUGUUCUCAUCCAAACUACUGCCGCUCCGGUGUCGUGUUGUUUUAGUCAAUGCAUCUGCGUUGUCUAAAACAAUGUGUUAACAAAUAUACAACAAUUAUCAUUGUGAAAUUGUUAUUCCAUAUUGCAUCAAUACAAAUAUUUGUAUAAAAUU